AUGCACGAACCCCCAACUAAUCAAUUCACUGCUGCAGUCAUUGUUCUCUUGUUCAACAUGAGCCAGUCUUCUCUACGCACAAACGCUGGUCACUCUGGCAUCAACGAGAAUGUUGGGCCAGUUGCGAUUCGUCUCGAGAACAUUAUUGACGAGCAUGCUGAAGAAAAUGAGGAGGUUGGUGUUGACAUAGCAGAGCAGCCUGCUGCUCUGAUGUCGGAGGAUCCCAUCGGCCAGUCCGAAGUUUACCGACACAUCUUUGACUUCAACAUCGGUGAAGAAGAGCGCAAGUUCUCCGCUCAAAAGCGUACCGACAUUCUACUCUCUAAACUCAAGAGGAUUUACAAGGAGAAGAACAUCGGAGCGCAGCUCGAGCUCGUCAGGAAGCGUCAUCGAGUGGUCAUCGAUGACAAGUAUUGGCGUCGAGGCAGCCACCCAGACAUUGCGCUCUCAGCAUCGGAAGGCAACCUGGAUUUUCUUCUCUGCGUCCCUAUGUCCCCUGGACUCGAGGCGAUCAUGCCCAACGGUAUUACUGACAUGACAUUUACUUGGAGGUUCAGUGCAAAGAACAGGCAUCGUGUUUUCAGAGCAAAACACGCUCGCACGGGUUUCGACACGACGGGGUGCAUGCUUUACCUUGGCACUUGCAAGGACGAUCCAGUAUGGUUGGCCUUUCCUCCUCGAGCAUUCUUCAAAGACAGCAAAUUCGACUUUGAGGGUCCAGGGGCUCGGUCGGGAGACUCACGAAUGUCGCAGAAGAACUACUGUCGAGCGUUGAUUUUUCUCGCAUUUGUCAUGAACAGACGUCAAAUUUCCGAUAUCACUGUGAAGAGUGAGCGAAGCUGGCCGGCCAAUUUGUCCAAGUUGGAAGAGGUCAAUGCAUUGACAGAAAUUGUGACUAUGAUGGUUGAACAAUGGAUUCCUCUGGACAAGAACAUGAUUUGGGAUAGCUAUGAUGAGAUAUAUGCUCAUUGGGACCGACAAAUCUGUGGAGAGCCUCUUACGCGCCAGGAGUUCGAGGACCUCGACUUGGUGGAUGAAAACGGAAUGGAAAUAUGUGUUUACAACGAGGAUGGUUGGCGUAUUCCUCGCCGAUCUUGUGACUUUGACAGGCACUCAGGUGCUCUUGCCGACCUUCGGUCUCUUGAAAACUUCUUCCCCACACCUGGUACUCAUCGCUUCGAAAACGCAGCAGGAGAGAUCAACCCUGGAGUCGCUGGUGUUUACUAUGCAUACCCUCAGGCUUGUCUGCACCACACUGGACACUUUCAAGCACAUACUGCUCCCACACCCUUUGUUCCUUACCUCGAGCACCUUAACAAAGCUGUUGGAAAACAGAAAGCUGCUGUUACUCACAACAACAAUCAUCACAAUGGCGAUGAUGACGAUAAUGGCAACAACGGCAACGGCAAUGAUGGCGAAGAUGACGACGAUAACGGCAUUAUUGUUGUGCCUUCAUCAGAUGACAUUCCAGAUCCUUUCAUCUGUCCAUCCUCGGAAGGCGAUGGUAUUCCACAAGGCCCACAAAACUACAGCUGA